AUGCCAGCCCAAACAACAUGCCCAAUACCCGAAGUCGACCGCGCACUGUCGUCAUACAUCAACAGCCGGGAAGACACAUUGAGGAUCCGACGAACGCUCUCGAAGUACCUCACAUCAAGCCUGAGGCCUGUCAAUGCAGCAACUCAGAACCAGCAUCUGAAUCAUGAAUGUCCGCAGAACCUCUCCGCAGCCAAUACCAACCCUCCAGGCUUGAAGGACGUUCGUCUGGAAUAUUUGCAGGCUCUUCGGGCUAGAUCGCAGGCGCAAGCCAGACAUCGUGAACUCCAGGCAUCGUUGGAAGAUUUACGCAAUCGUUAUGUGGACGAGAACCCGACGCAGCCAGAGUCAGAAUACGACAAUGAGGUUACUCGAGGCUACGUCUCUUUAUUGCGACAGCGCAGACGAUUUGCAGAGCUUCAGGUCAUUCAAGAGUCUCUAGACAAGCUUCUGACCGCAAAGCCUUUGACUGUUGCAGCUGACCCUAGGGCUUCCAUCAAGAGCGCCAUUGGUGAGCAACCAGAUUUACCUGCCGAGAGGUUCGAGCAGCUAGCACAGGCUGAAGAAGACCAGACAUGGGUCUUCAAGCUGAAGCAGGAGGUUCUUGAGGCGCGAACAGCUAUGGAGCGUGCCCAAGCCGCAAGGAAGAAGGCCCAGGACGAGCUUCAGGUUGAGCCAAGCUUGCAGGUGCAAGUUCAUGCACUCGAGCGAGCGAGAGAUGAACUCGUCGACUGGGUUCAAGGAGAGCUGGCUAAGAUGGAGGAAAACAGUGUCUUCCUCGAGGACGCCUCGCCCAUCAAGCGCCCAGUGAACGCCGUAGCACCCGUCGAUCUUGCAUCAGCAGAAUCGCAGAUACGGGAAUCAUACAACAAGUACAUUGAAGCUCGUGCUGGCUUACUUGAAGCUCAUGCAAGCCUUCAGCAGCCAUUGGACGUACAGACUGAGAACCAGAAUGGCGGUCAAUCCAUCCCCUCCGAAGACAGCAACGCCACAACGACGAAGCCUGUUCGACCGAUUACCAAGCUCUUGCCCUGUCUCCCACACCUUGCAAAAAUAGCCAAUAAUGAGCGAUCUCUACUCCAGCAAUCUGUAUACCUCCAAAAUCAGAUGGCAUCCGCAAACCAGGACAUGGAGGAAGCGCUUCUCCGGCUCUCUGGCGAAAGCCAUCUAUUACCCGCUGGCUCCAAGGAUGUAGCGAUAUGGGGAAAGAUGGCGCGAGAAGCGGAGGCGGUUACGGAAGAAUUUGUGAAAGAGCGCUUACAGGCUAGCCGGCAAGAAGUGGGAAGUGUGAGCACGAUUGUGGAACUUUGCUCACUGCAGAGUCAGGUCCUGGAAUCGGCUUAG